ACGUUUGCAACACAAAUCACAAUGAAAGAUACCUUACCGGUUUGGUGGGAACUUGAGAGUUGGAAAAUAUUGCUUUGAUUCAUAAGUUGUUCCUAUUGAACCCGUUUUUCAUAUAGUUUUACAAACACGGACUUGCUAUAAAGCAUUAUUAACGCUCAUGAGUAAAUCAAAAGUGUCAGCAGAAUGGAAGAAGCGUGUGAAGUCAGAAUACAUGAGGCUUCGUCAAGUAAAGCGUUUCAAACGCGCAGACGAAGUGAAAGUGGCAUGGGCGCGCAACUUGAGACUAAUGUCGGAAUCGGUUGAGGCUCGGGACACACAGAACAAUGACAGACCUAGGAAGCCGUACUGGCCCCCACCUGCACCUACCCCCAAUCAUGAAAACUUCAUGAAGAGAGCUGAAGUUUCUUAUACAGAUGCUUCAGGUGUUGUCACAACCCAGCAAGUUCCAAUACGCAUAAUAAACUCAGUCAACCCAAUACCAACAAUGUACACAUGGGCUCCGACACAGAAGAACUUCAUGGUUGAGGAUGAGACAGUACUCCACAACAUUCCGUACAUGGGGGACGAGGUCCUGGAUCAGGACGGUACAUUCAUCGAGGAGCUCAUAAAGAACUACGACGGGAAAGUGCAUGGUGACAAAGAAGGAGGUUUUAUUGAUGACCAGUUAUUUGUGGAUUUGGUGCAUGCUUUGAUGACUUACCAGACAAAAGAAGAAGUGGCUGAGGAGAGAAAGGACAGGGAAGCGAGAAACUCUAAAGAAGAGAAGGAAAAAGAGGUUAAAGAAAAAGUGGCUGCAGAGUUAAGAGGGAAGGAGGCAAGGAACUCUAAAGAAGAUAAAGAGAAAGAUACAAGCAAAGAAAAGGAUAAAGAGAAGGAAAAAGAAAAGGAUGAUGUCAAAAAAGAUGAGAAAGUGAUCAAUGACAAGCAAUUCCCUAUCUUCACCAUAUUCCAGGCGAUCAGCAUACAGUUCCCUGACAAAGGCACUGCUCAAGAGCUUAGAGAAAAAUACAUCGAGCUGACGUCCCGCAGCGACCCGAACGCCCUCCCGCCGGAGUGCACUCCCAACAUCGACGGUCCGCUGGCCGAGUCGGUGUCGCGCGACCAGACCAUGCACUCCUUCCACACGCUGUUCUGCCGCCGCUGCUUCAAGUACGACUGCUUCCUGCACCGUUUACAAGCAUGUCACCCGGGGCCUAAUUUAACUAAGAGGAAGGGGCCGGACCUAAAGUCCUUCAGUGAACCGUGCGGGUCCAGCUGCUACAUGCUUCUGGAGGGCAUGCGCGAGCAGCUGGCGCGCGAGGCGCUGGCGGGCGGCGAGGGCGCGCGCAACAUGGACUCGCCCAACGACGCCUCGUCAGAGGACAGCAACGACAGCAACCGCUUCCACAAGGGUAGCAACAGUAACUCAAGCAAUAGUAACUGGAGCACAAAUGGCCAGUUGAAGACUGGCGCCGACGGGUCCACGGAACCAACUUACAGUGCACUUGGUCUAACAGUAGGUGACGUGCAAUCAGAGUGGACGGGCUCCGAUCAGUCACUAUUUAGAGCUCUGCAUAAGGUGUUUCCCUCCAACUACUGCGCCAUCGCUCAGGUCAUGCUCUCCAAAACUUGCCAGCAAGUAUACACGUACUGGAUCAACACGGGGCAGGAGGAGUGUCGCGUGGAGGCCGAGCUGACGCCGCCGCGCAAGAAGAAGAAGAAGCAUCGCCUCUGGUCCGUACACUGCCGCAAGAUACAACUCAAGAAGGACUCCGCCUCACAUCAUGUUUACAACUACACGCCGUGUGAUCACCCCAACCAGCCGUGCGACAAUAUGUGUCCGUGUCUGCAGUCGCAAAACUUCUGCGAGAAAUUCUGUCAGUGCAGCAGUGAUUGCCAGAACCGCUUCCCGGGCUGCCGCUGCAAGGCGCAGUGCAACACCAAGCAGUGCCCGUGCUACCUGGGCGUGCGCGAGUGCGACCCCGACCUGUGCUCGGCGUGCGGCGCCGACUCGCCGCUGGCGCCGCGCGCGCCGCACAGCCUCUACUGCAAGAACGUGUCCGUGCAGAGAGGCUUACACAAGCACCUGCUGCUGGCUCCGAGCGACGUGGCGGGCUGGGGCAUCUUCCUGAAGGACGCGGCUCACAAGAACGAGUUCAUCUCGGAGUACUGCGGCGAGAUCAUCUCGCAGGACGAGGCCGACCGCCGAGGGAAGGUCUACGACAAGUACAUGUGCUCCUUCCUCUUCAAUCUCAACAACGAUUUCGUCGUGGACGCAACUCGUAAAGGCAACAAGAUCAGAUUCGCGAACCACUCCAUCAACCCGAACUGCUACGCGAAGGUGAUGAUGGUGAACGGAGAUCACCGCAUCGGCAUCUUCGCCAAGCGCGCCAUCCAGCCCGGAGAGGAACUGUUCUUUGACUACAGAUAUGGUCCAACUGAGCAACUCAAAUUCGUCGGCAUAGAAAGGGAAAUGGAAUUCUUAUGAGAGCAACCCAAAUAGUGUGUCUGAUGAGGAGGCGUGUAUUGAGAAUCCUCUCUGAUUGCACUAUCAUGAACUUGAACCUUGACGAACUGUAACACUAAUAAAAAAAGUGAUUGUUAACUGAAAUGUAUAAGAGAGCUUAACUCCUUUAUGUUUUGUCUGAGGCAGACAUUUUCUAUUAUGCAAUGGAAUAUUCAAAUGAAAUGCAGUUAAAUUGUUAGUCUGAUGUAGUUAAUAAUGCAUUGUAAGCUUGAUAAGUUGAUGUCGCUAAGCAAUAAUCUAUCUUGAAUCUGUUAAUGUUAAAGUAUUAGAAGAUAUGAACUCAUUUCCAUUUUUUUACAAUAUACUUUUUAAAUAUUUGAA